AUGGAACGCCGCUACCAAUGCCACUUCUAUGCCUAUGCCUAUCUGUCUGUCCCUAGUUGCAGGGACCUCUGUCUCUGUCACUCUCUCUUUCUACUUCUCAUCUACAGCACCUUUGGCGAGUAUGCGAUAAUACCAUUUAUGGUGUCGAGCUUCCCAUAUCUGGCUGGCAGCAUUAUCCAGGGCGAAUUCAUCUAUCAUGUGUCUGUCAUUUCGAAUCGCUUCGAGCAAAUAAAUAAGCUCUUCGAGAAGAUAAACCAGGAGGCGCGCCACCGCCACGCCCCGCUCACAGUCUUCGACAUCGAGAGCGAGGGCAAGAAGCAGGAGCGCAAGCCAACGCCCGCCGAGAAAGCAGCCGCCACCAAAGCCAUCUACAGCACCGAUCCCAAGUUGGCGGAUGGGCUGAAGGCCCAAAAGGCGCUGCCUGCCAACCAGCAGAACGAGCUGAACUCCAGCGAUGAGGAGGACGAGGAUAUCUUCGACUACAACGAGGGCAUGAUGGAAGAGAAUACCGGCACCACAUCAGAGGCCAAUUUGCCGGAUCUGUUCAAGCUGCACGACAAAAUACUCGCGCUGAGCGUUAUGACUAACGGGGAGUUCGGACCACAGUGCGUACCCUAUAUGGCGGCCUGCUUUGUGGUCAGCAUCUUCGGCAUAUUCCUCGAGACGAAGGUCAACUUCAUAGUCAGCGGCAAGAGCCGCCUGCUGGACUACGUGACCUAUCUGUAUGUCAUCUGGAGCUUCACCACCAUGGUGGUGGCCUACAUAGUGCUGCGGCUCUGCUGCAACGCCAACAACCAUUCCAAGCAAUCGGCGAUGAUCGUGCACGAGAUCAUGCAGAAGAAGCCGGCCUUUAUGCUGAGCAACGAUCUCUUCUACAACAAGAUGAAGUCCUUCACUCUGCAGUUCCUGCACUGGGAGGGCUACUUCCAGUUCAAUGGCAUCGGGCUCUUCGCACUGGACUACACAUUCAUAUUCUCGACUGUGAGUGCAGCCACGUCGUAUUUGAUUGUCCUGCUGCAGUUCGACAUGACGGCAAUAUUGCGCAACGAGGGCCUCAUGACCUAAGCGCUUCGCUCCAAUGCAAUUAAAUGUGGACGAGUUUUUCAUUUAUGCAUUUAUCUACUCUAUUUUUGUGUCACAUU